UUUAAAUAUUUAAGAAACUUUCAGAAGCGCAAAUAAUGGCUAAGAUUGUAGAAUGUGUCCCAAACUUUUCCGAGGGACAAAAUAAAGAAGUAAUUGAUGCCAUAGCCCAAGCCAUUGCCUCUGUGGAAGGAUGUUCGCUUCUCGACGUAGACCCGGGCGUAUCGACAAACAGGACUGUCUACACGUUUGUUGGUUCUCCCGAAAGUGUCGUGGAAGGAGCUCUCAAUGGAGCGAGAAUGGCCAUGCAACUGAUCGAUAUGAGAAAACAUCACGGUAUGAAAACUCUCUUUUUUGAAUUGUUCAAUUUUACUCCAAGCUUAACUAAAAACCAAAGUUUUAUGUUUACUCUUCUUAUUUAUUUAUUCAUUCAUUUGUUUGUUCAUUUAUGCUAGUCUCUUUGAAGAAAGCUGUUCAAAACUCAAUAUUAAUAACACUGUUUUUUUUUUAUCUGAUAAAAGCAACAAAGGGGGCUUUUGUUCCUUGAUGUAUCUUAGACCUAGAGGGGGUGUGUGGUGGGCAGUGGCUAAUUUAAUGUAUCUGGCCUGGACAGUUUUUCAAAAAUGCCUUUGAGUAUUUUGUUAUAGCCUGCUAUCAGAGCAAUCAGAAAUGUGGCUACAGUCAAACCCUGCCUAACAGACACCCACUUGAUAUGGAGAACUUGUAAUUAUCAGGGGUGGAUCCAGGAUUUUUUUUAGGAGGGGGUGCACCCGUCUCUUGCUCUACUUCAAUACCAAUAACUCCCACGUAGUUUUUAUUUUUUUUUUUUGCAGAAUACCAGUUGUAUUAGAAAACCACAGGUCAUCUUGGGGGGGUGGGGGGUGCGCACCCCCUGCACCCUCCUCCUAGAUCCGCCCCUGAUUAUGGACAGUUUGCUUUGUCCCGGGGUAGAGAGAGCCCUUACAGUAAUUUCUCUAAAACCCACAUAAUGCAGACACCCCAUUAACAGGGACACUUUCUAUGGCCCCUCAGUGUCCGUAUUAAAAGGGUUGGACUGUAUUUACAGAAUUUUGUCAUCAGCUUAUCAAAGCAUUGCUUUUCUUUCAUAUAAAUAUAAUAAAUUUUAUUAUCAUAUAAAAAGGAAAAUAUCUAUUUAAAUGUUCUCAAAACAUAGCCAAGAAAAAGUCUUAAUGAUGCUGACAGUUUUGAUGACUGUCAGCCAUCUUUAUCAAAACUUGAAAAUCGUCAAAGGUGUCAGAAGCCUUAAAUAGGCUUCUUAAGGCAAAGUCACUCUGUAGACGCCACCCCCACCCCCCCACCCCCGAUUGGGAUUAGGAGUGUUUGAUCUAAUAGAUAUGCUUUCCUUGAUCCAUCUCUUAAACUUGUCACUUUCCUGCUCAACUGUUUCACUUGCUUCCCAAUUCAUAAACUGUCAGCAUCAUUAAGACUUUUUCUUGGCUAUGUUUUGAGAACAUUUAGAUAGAUAUUAAAUUUACUAGCCUGAUGAAUUUCUUCAAGAAUAAGAAGGAAAAGUUAAGCAGGUUCUGACCUAGAAAACAAUUUUCAUUUUUAAGGAGAACAUAAGAGACUUGGGGCACUAGAUGUGUGUCCUUUCAUUCCCGUUCAGGGCGUGACCAUGGAAGACUGUGCUAACUGUGCAAAAAUAUUUGGCCAGAGGGCUGCAGUGGAACUUGGAAUACCAGGUAUUAAGAUUUGUACUUUUCAUAAUUCUUUGGUUAAUUGAACUGAAAGAGAACUUGCUAGUUAAAUGUAAGAUGUGGCAUAAUUGAAAUACAGUGUACAAAAAUCCCAGACAAAACAAAAGGCUAGAACACCUAUUUGAAAAUUCGGAGGCCUUCCAGGAAAAGAUAGGAAAAUCUGAGAUGGAAAGAAAUGCAAGAAUUUGUCACUCAUCACAAAUGUGUUGAUCAAUGUAUUAGAUAGUUUUUAAAUUAGAUUGAAAGUUUCUGAGACUUAAGAAUGUUCCAGGAACCAUGGCUCCCUUAUGUGCAAGUGGUACAUGAAAGCUCAGUACUAGAACAAACAAAAAUCUGAAAACUUUUGAGCUUUUUGUUAAAGAAACUUGUAUAUUUUGGGCUUGAUUCCUUUGGCAAAAACGAAAAAUAGAUUUUUAACAGUCAAACCUAAUCGGCUUAAAACUCUCUUGAAAUUAAUAGUUAUUAAAAGCUGUAUUUACUUGUAUUUUAAGUUGAGACUUUUUAUUUACCUGUUCACAUUUGUGUUUGUUGCUUUACUGUACUGGUUGGGUUUUCUUACAGAGUUUGGUCUUACAGUAAUAAUAACUAAUAAAAUCAAUGGAAAACUUUUUUAGUCUAUCUGUAUGGCUAUGCAUCUGAACAGGACCACAGAAAAACUGUGCCACAGAUCAGGGCAGGUGAAUAUGAAGGACUUUCUGAAAAGGUCAGUGUUACAUCAUCUCUUUCCCAUCUUAAGUUAUCAUUUCAACUUUAGGCAAUACAAUGAUUAUAUUUUGUUUAUUAGUAGGUGUUGUUAUUUUACCAUUUGUUUCAACAGGUUUAUUACCAUUCACCUACUGACUUUGUCAGUUGGUGGUGGGUUCUCAAAAAAUGAACAUUCCUUACUUCCGCACAUCUUAAUCACCAAUGGACUGUGCCGCAUCUCAAUAAAUUAUUGGGUUAAGCUGCCAAACCCUCUAUUACUGACAGCAUUCAUGCCGUGUAGUGCAUAUGUUACAGGUUAAAAUUAAAUUCAGGGAAUUUAAUUUUGACCUGUAACAUAUAUAUACUCAGAUCAGUGUUAAUAAAAAUAAAUACUGUUAUGAGUCUGUCACUCAGAGGAAAGAUAUGAGGCAAUCCUAGUGUGAUAUUGCAACAGUCCAUAGUAAUGCAAAGUCCUUGUGAAAGUAAUGUUAGUGGAUCAGAGAACAUCUUAUUUUAUGUUUAUUCACAGAUCAAGAAACCUGAGUGGAAGCCAGAUUAUGGGCCAGCAGAGUUUCUUCCUUUUUGGGGAGCAACAAUAGCUGGAGCAAGAAAGUUCUUGAUUGCCUAUAAUAUCAACAUUCUUGGCACAAAGGAACAGGCUCAUCGAUUAGCUUUAAAUAUCAGGACACAGGGUAGAGGGCCGGACCAGGUACAAUAACUUUAAAAACCAAAAUUACUAUCAGUAAAAUUUAAUAUCAUUUUAGAAUUCAACUUCUGCCACUGAGAUCCAGCUCUGAAAAUCUUUGUAAAAAGGCAUCAUUCUCUUUGUAUUAUUAUACUGUUUCUUUCUCUUCUAUGUUGACUGUGACAGCCUGGGCGUCUUACAGAAGUCCAAGGUAUGGGAUGGUACCUGGAUGAGGCAAACAUGGCUCAAGUGUCUUUAAACCUGCUGGAUUUCCAUCAAACAUCCAUGCACACUGCCUUUGAAGAGUGCAGAAAGGAUGCAAAGGUAACAAUGUUGGUGAUGUUGGUAAAUUGUAUCAGAUUCUGUAUUACGUAUUAAUUUUAAAUCUUCACAAGCCAGUGCAUUUGAUGUUCAUGAAAUUUAUUACUGGUAUUUUUCUCUUUGUAUCUCUAAGGAACUAAAGGUUGGAGUUUGUGGAUCACAGAUUGUUGGUCUUGUGCCUCUAGAAGCCAUGUUAAUGGCUGCUGACUACUACAUAGAAAAAGAAAAUCUGUUCAUUCUCAGUGAAGAUCAAAAGAUUCGAUUGGUAUGUCUGUGCCUUUUUUACUUGAGGGAUAAUAGCUUUUAAGUUAAUUCCUUGUGAGUUGCAAUAAUUUAUACCAAGAUGCAUCAGUUAUUUCAAACCGUGGUAGAGAAAAGCAAGAAAAAAAAACGAAUUCAGAUUAUUGAUAACCAUUCUAUUUUGCAAUAAGCCCCUUCUUGUCUAAAUUUUUAAAAACCUGGGUGUAUUUAGCGCUAACAGUUUAUUAAAAUUUGGAAUAGUUUUUGUUGGUUGGAGUUUGUAACUUUCUCUUACUUACUUGCAACUUUCUAUACUCUUCCCCAGUAACUGGACUCCCAAUCAGCCCAAGCUACUGAAUAGUUUUGUUUCCCAUAAUUUAGUGUUUUAUCCUUGGUACAGGAGCUUUUAAACAUUACAUGGCACUUUCUCACUACUAUCACAACAUUAGUGGUUUGUCUCUCUUGUGUCGUAGGUAAUAGAAAGAUUGGGACUUAGCUCAAUCUCUCCAUUUGAUCCUAAAACAAGAAUCAUAGAGUAAGUACAAACCACAAAUGUGGCAUGGCUUUUUUUUGAGUUGGUGGGGGGGGGGGGGGGGGGGGGAGGGGGUUUGAGGGGGAUGGGGGCAGUGGUGGGCCACUCCUCAUCGUCAUUGGUACAAGGGUGUAAGCUCAAAUCAUGGCCUCUGUUUCCCGUACCACAAGAAAUGGUCUGCUUGACUUUAAAACUUUCCAUCCAAUUUUUAAAUUACGGCAGGGCAUACCAAGGUUAACUCUCUGGAUCAGCAUUUCAUCUAGAGGAGAGUAGCAAUGUGACAGCUACUUUAAAGAGCAGUAUUUGACUGCAGAAUUUCCACUUGUAAAUAUAAACAACAAAAGAAGAACAAUAUUGUCCCUGUCUGAAUGAUCAAGCAAUGCUGGUAUUAAUAUUUCUCUGUCCAUUUAUGUACCUGCAGGUACCUAGUUGAGACUUGUGAAGAUGGUCCUUUAGUUUCCAUGCCUCUACGACAGUUUAUCUACAGUCUUGGUUCACGAUCAUCGGCUCCUGGGGGAGGAUCUGCGUCCGCUGCUAUUGCUGCCAUGGUAAUAGAGCUUAUUUAAGUUUUAAGCCUUUCUGACAUCCCAGACAGUGUAUUUAAUUCAACCAAGAUUUCUCAGCAAAGUUUGCAAUCUGGGCAAUGAGAUCAUUUGACAGAACAUGGCUUUCAGCCAUUCUUAACCUGAAUCUAGUUGGAUCAAGUCAUGACAGACCUGUGUUAAAUAUUCUUACUUUUAGUUUACACUAGAUCUUGAAAGGACGUUGUUUUCUCUUGUUGAGCAUAGGAGAGGUGGGGCUGUGAAGAGCAUAUUAUAUUGUAACAUACACUAUCCUAACCUAUCACAUCCAGUGAGGUCAAAGGAUUUUAUCUGUCGAUCCAGGUUUUGUCAUUGCCUCAUAUCAUGUUGUCCUCAACUGAAUGUUUUCGCCUAUAAUCAAGUUUAAUAAUGAUAAUAAUUACUGUAUAUUAUUUAAUUAUUAUUAUUAAUUAUUAAUUUAUUACUAUUAUUACGACUGGUAUUAUUAUCUAAAAGGGGUAGCAUGUUUAUCUCCACAGGGCGUGGCUUUGGCCACCAUGGUUGGUUGGCUCAGUUAUGGAAACAAAAAAUUUGAAGCUUUGGAUGCACAGAUGAGAAAUCUCAUACCACCCCUGAGACAAGCAAUGCUGGAUUUUAUACCCAUGGUCGAUGCUGACACAAGUGCAUUCAGUGCAUUUAUGGUAGAGUAUUUCAUUGAACAUGACUUUUUUUCUUUGUAAGGGAAAAUGAAACUGACAUGUUAAGUGACAUGCACACUUGUGAACAAGACUCUAGCAGCAUUUGAAAGCUACAGCGUUAUUCAUUUUAUUUGCAUAAUGUGAAUAACAUUUCAAUUUAGUCACUUGGAGCUUUCAAAAACAUUUCCUAUUUCUCAAAAGUAGUACAGAAAGUGUUAUACUGGAAGCCAUACCACUUGACAUCCAAAUUAAUAAUACAAUUUUUGAUCUCGUAGGAUGCAAAGAAACUCCCAAAAAAUACACCAGAGGAACAAGAAAUGUAAGAACCUGAUUUCGUAAGAAUACAUUUGCAGGAUUUCAGAGUAACAAGGAAUCAAGCUCUGUCUUUGUUUACUGUUUUCAUUUAAAAACUAUGCAGGGCAAAACACUUACUAUUUUUUCCCUCUUUGUCCUUCCUAGCUGCCUUCUUUGUCAUUUCUAUAUAUUUAUUUUCUGGCUAUAUUUUUGUCACAUCUUUUUGUUCCUGAUUCUCUUUUCCCAGCCGUGACAAGGCUAUACAAGAUGGACUGAAGGCUUCUGUAUACAUUCCACUCAAUGUCAUUAAAACAGCAACCAAAGUAUGGAACCCAAUGGUGGAGCUGGCAAAAGUUGGCAAUAUAAACAGCAAGUCCGAUUUGCAGGUAGAAUAUCAUAGAACAUUAUUUUUUUAAGACAGACCAGGGCACCUAGUUCAAGUAAUCAAUUUAACACACCAUAAGUCCCCUUAGAAAGUGUUGUUAAAAAAAGCAGAGGUGGCUGGGGCACCCAACGACUGUUUUCUAUAAAUAUAUCUGUUAGGAGAAGCAAAUAUUGCCUAGAAUUUUCUAUUCCUUGAGGGUGGCUUAAAAUUUCUAGAUGACCAUUCCAUUCAUGUACAAUUUUCGAAGUUUAUCUAAUAAAUUACCUCGGAUUUUCUGAAGUUUAAUUUUUUACAUUUCGCUGCCCAGGUUAGGAUAUUUUUCGUACAAAAAAGGAAACCUAAAAUUUUCGGAUUCAAAAAUGUGGAGAGGGGAAUCAGAAAAAUUCUCCCUUAUACAAUAUGUUAGAUUGCAUCUGAAAUUUUUGGGAAAAUAAUACUGAACCCCUUGUAAUUUCAAAAAGACUCAAGUUCCCUUAGGAUGACCGAACAGGUACAAGUUUUAUAGCGCCACUUAGAAAAUUAUGUAUAUUUUAUAGAGAUCUAAAAGUACUCUGGAUAGCCUAAAAAGUGUUUUCAAUGACACACUAUUUAGGAGAAAAGCAUUGUUGGGUGCCCCUGGUACAUUGUGUGUACAUGUACCGGUCCUGUAACCUUGAUCAAAUCAAGCACAAUUAAGAAUUUCAUGAUUUAUAAAUGCAUCAGAGAAAUAAAUGAUGACUUUGAUUAAAUGAAUGUUAAAGUUUUAGAAAUUUCAGCUGUAGUGAGUGUAUUCAGUUGGCUAUUAACACAUUGUGACCAGCAGGAUGAGUGAUUGAUUCCAAAUUGAUUGUCUCAUGACCACUAAAUAGAUCUUUCUCUUUGCUUGCAGGUUGGUGCACGUAGUCUAGAAACUGCUGUGUGGGGAGCAUUUUAUAACGUUAAGAUAAAUUUAAAGGACAUCACUGAUGACAUUUUUAGUAAGCAGGUUAGUAGCUAUUAAAUCACUUAUCAUUACAAUAAUAUGGUCAUUUAGUCUGUUCUACAUGUCUGGAGGCAUACUAGCCAAUUUUCAUGAAGGUGUGUGUUCUUUCAAGUACAUACCGUAUUUAUUCGAAUAAGCGCCCAACCUCGAAUAAGCGCCCACCCCCUCCUCCUCCCAAUCAAACUCAAAUAAGCGUUGACCCCCACCCCACCCACUUGAGUGAAUAAAUUCUAAUAAGAGACUUCCUCGAGGACGGAGUUUUCUUCAGAGUAUUUUAUAGAAACCUUGCUUUGUUACUUCUUCGCGUUUUGUUAGUGGCAUUUAUUGUUUUGUUGCAAAAUAAACAUACUUCACUCGUUGAAAAUGGUGAAAAUUUAAUAAGCGCCCAGCCUCGAACAAGCGCCCACCUUGAAUAAGCGCCCACUCUUGAGGUCCAAAAAUUUAAUAAGCGCCCAGGCGGUUAAUCGAGUAAAUACGGUAGAUUAGGGUCACUUUCACUCGGGGAACCUUGCUAUUUUUGCAGGUAUUAGAAGAAGCGGAGACAUCUUUGGAAACGGCACAAGAAAAAUGUAAAGAAAUCCUUAACAUUCUAGAGGAACGGAAUUCAUAGUUUGUAGUCUUCAGAUGAAAUCUGGAAGUGUGGGACAUGUGACUUCAUAUGUGCAAUGCAGAACCUAAACGAAACUUUUGGUAGUUGUAAGUUAUUUCUUUGGGUAAGACCCAGUUGGGCCAUUUAAAGGAAAGCUCUAGCAGUCCUUUAAUGGUGUGGCAUCUGAGACUGAGCACUGCACGUGGGGUGUGGCCCAUGCUCUAAUGGUGUGGCAUACAAGAUGACCUUUUGUCAUGUACUAUAAUUGAGCAAGAUGAGAUGAUGCUUGAUAUAUCAAGUCAAUAUAUGCCCUAUUGAGUCGUUCUGUUGUGUAAAGUUAAUUGUGUUAUUGUGCAAGGGCUAGGGAACCUCGUUGUGUUCUUAAUGACUUUCUAUUCACUUGGUAUAUCGUGCACCAGCAGCAAGGUGCAUGAGGACUAGAAACAAUGGAUUGAGGUUAUAGAAAUUUCAUAGUUUUUUUGUUGCAGGCUGUGUCCAAGCGAGGGAAAUUUUUUAUGGAAGAAAUAUGUGCAAGUCACAAUAAAUGGGUUGACAGAAGAUGUUUUAUUUACUGAGAA